AGUUUUUAUUAUGCACCUAAAAAAUAUCAAAACGAAUUAUCGGUAGGGUUGGAGCGAGCUGGAUGGUGCAAUCGGGCCCGUAUAUGGCACCUACCCGACACUGCAAUAUAAAUGAAAGCAGUAGCCACGAAGCCCAUCGACCAACCUCAGCGAUGGAUACGCCGGGUAGGUGCCAUGGGUGGCCUUCCUUCCUCCUCGUCCCACCAUAUAAUUGUUAUAUAUGUUAAGGCAAAAAAAUCUAAGCUCUGUCGUCGCCGCCGGAGAGAAGCUAGCUAGCACACCAGGAACGGAAAAAAGCAACCAGAAAUGGAGGCCGCCGCUGCUGUGGCCGCCCUCCUGCUCCUCCUCGCACUCUCGGCGGCGCUCGUCAGCAGGAGGAGGAGCGGUAGCCACCGGUUGCCCCCGAGCCCGAUGGCUCUCCCGCUGAUCGGCCACCUGCACCUGAUCCGCCCGCCGCCGCACCGGGCCUUCGACCGCAUCCUGGCGCGCUACGGGCCCCUCGUGUACCUGCGCCUCGGCCCCUCCACGCACUGCGUCGUCGCCGGCACCGCCGACGCCGCGCGCGACCUCCUCAAGUUCGAGGCCAGCAUCCCGGAGCGGCCGCUGACGGUGGUGACGCGCCACCUGGCCUACGACGACGCCGGCUUCGCCUUCGCGCCCUACGGCCAGCACUGGCGCUUCAUGAAGCGCCUCUGCAUGUCGGAGCUGCUGGGCCCGAGGACCGUCGAGCAGCUGCGCCCCGUGCGGGAGGCGGAGCUGGCGGCCGUGCUGCGGGCGGCGCGCGACGCGGCGGCGAGGGGCGAGGCCGUGGACGUCAGCCGCCACCUCAUCAGCAUGUCCAACAACGCCAUCAUGCGCAUGGUGGCCAGCGCGCUGCCGGGCCACAUGACGGAGGCGGCGAGGGACUGCGCCAAGCACGUCGCCGAGGUCGUGGGGGCCUUCAACCUCGAGGACUACGUCGGCAUCUGCCGGGGGUGGGACCUGCAGGGGCUCACGAGGAGGACGCGCGAGGUGAGGGACAAGUUCGACGCGCUCAUGGAGAUCAUGAUCACGGCAAAGGAGGAGGCGCGGCGGUCGCCGGCGGCGGCCGGCCAACAAAAGGCCGCCACCAAGGACCUGCUGGACAUCCUCAUGGACGCCGCGGAGGACCAGAACGCCGAGGUCAAGCUCACCAGGGAGAACAUCAAGGCCUUCAUCCUCGACAUCUUCACCGCUGGGUCCGACACGACCGCCACCAGCGUGGAGUGGAUGCUGUCGCACCUCAUCAACCACCCGGCGUGCCUGGACAGGCUGCGCGCGGAGGUGGACGACGUCGUGGGCGGCGCGCGGCUGGUGGGCGAGCACGACGUCGCGCGGCUUCCCUACCUGCAGGCCGUCUUCAAGGAGACCCUGCGCCUGCAGCCGCCGGCCGUGUUCGCGCAGCGGGAGACCAUCGAGCCCGUGCACGUCCGCGGCUACACCAUCCCGCCCAAGACCUCCGUCUUCUUCAACAUCUUCUCCAUCGGCCGCGACCCGGGAUCGUGGGAGGAGCCCCUCCAGUUCCGCCCGGAGCGCUUCAUGCCCGGCGGCGCCGGCGCCGGCGUCGACCCCAAGGGCCAGCACAUGCAGCUCAUCCCCUUCGGGAGCGGCCGCCGCGCCUGCCCCGGCAUGGGCCUCGCCAUGGUGUCUGUGCCGGCGUUCCUCGCCGCGCUCGUGCAGUGCUUCGACUGGGCGGUGCCCAUCCCGCAGGGGCACUCCAAGGCGCCGCCGCUCGACAUGGAGGAGGCCGAGGGGCUCGUCGCCGCACGGAAGCAGCCGCUCGUGCUCAUUCCCACUCCGCGCUUCGAUCCGCUGCCCGGAGUCUAGCUACCACCCUGCUCCUAAGUACACUAUGAAUUAAUUCUGCUGAGUGUAGUAUGAAUUGCUACCAGUUUGAGUUAUGAUCGAUGUUAUUUUUUUUUUGUGCAAGCCGGAAUAAUUAAGAUCGAUGGUAUUUUUUGUGCAAA